CUCUUCCAUGCGUGCGUGCGUGUGUGUGGUUGUGUGGUUGUUGUUGUGUACGCGUGGUAUGUAGCGCCAAUACCACCGUUGACAACAACCACAACAGCAACAACAAUUGACUUGCUUUGACUUAGUUUCUCUCUGUCCUUUUGUUGGGGGGUGUGGCACCUGUCGUUUCGCGGAUGGGCGGUGCGUUGGCUGGUUGCCGACUCAGAUACCGCCCCGCCCCCUUAUUUUUUUGUUUUGCUCCUUUCUUUGGGGGGGUGUGCUUGCAUAUCCUGUUUGUGUUGUGCUGGGUGGGUUGCGGAGUGGUCCUCCCAUUCCCGUCACCCACGAACAUGAGCCACGCCCUCCCCACCCCACCAACCACAAACACAAACACAAACACAAACACAAACACAAACACAAACACCACCCACUAUCACCACAGCCCACCACCGCCACUCACAAACGCAAACACAAACACAAACACACAAACAAACCAGCAUUCUCCCUCGUGAAAGCACCACACCCCUGCACACACUCUCGCCAACGCCAGCGCUCCAAGUACUCACAACCUCCCUGUCCGUCUUUUUUUUUCCACCUCUCCCUCACCCACCUACCUCUCUUGGUCCUUGCUUUUUGUGCGUGUUUGUUUGUGAUAAUGGAUACGUUGCUGUGGGACGCGCUGCCUUUGUCACCACCAGCUGGUGCCUUGUUCGAUUGCACAGAGGAGUGCGCAUCUUCCCCUGCGCUGACCGAGCUCAGCAUCAUCACCUCCACAACCACUGGCAGCAGCAGCAGCAGCGGUCACAACAGCAUCACCGCAACCACUGCCAUGCCUGCCAACGAUGACGGCAGCGCACCCCCGCCACAACCGCAAACACAACAACACGCACCCGUGAAGAAAGAAGAGCCCCCUGCUACAGACAACCACCAACCACAACCACAGCAGCAACCACAUGACCAGCAAGAGAACCAAGCACAGCACCAAGCCGUCAAGGCAGAGGCUGCGGAUGGCAGCAUGCCCGCCCUGCGCAUUGAUCCGAACAGCGAGAUGCGGGAGGAGCCUGCGUUAACCGUCAACACACAGCAGCCGCUCGCACCUGGGCUGCGCGUCUCCACAACCGACCAGCCCGCCAAGGGGGCCGGUGCACAGGCACAGGAGGGCGCAUCGCAGCAGGCGCAAGACCAAACUCACAACAAAAACAAUAAGCAGCAGCAGCAGCAGCCACAGCAGCAGAUGAUGAUGAUGAUGCAGCAGAUGCAGAUGCCAAUGCCACACAUGGCCAUGAUGUCUCCACUAGGCUGGUCGCCUCUGCCGUACACCCCGGGCGGAGGCAUGCCGUCUGGCGGCCAGGUCUCUGCGGAGCUGUUCCAGCGCCUGUUAAGUCAAGGCCCAUCGGAGAUGUCAUCCGCCCAGUCCAACCCGGCCCUUGAGGAGCAGAAACGCGAGGCGUUUGUUGCGUCCGUGCGCCAGUACCACACCCAGGCGCUGCAGUCUGCCCCUUUGGCAUCUGCACCCACCGCAACAACAACAACAACAACAACAGCGGCGUCCUCGUCAGCAGAGCAGGGCAGCACCAACGCCACGGGCGCAGAUACCGACGCUGCCAACAGCGGGCAGGCGGCGCAGGUAGCGAUGCCGCCGAGCCCGUGGGGGCUGCCCAGCCCAGGACACAUGUUCCCGUCGCCAAUGAUGGGCAUGGGCGUGGCCGUGGACAGCGAAGGUGCUCCCUUGAGCAACCCGUUUGCCCAGCAGCAGGCCCUGUUCUACAUGCGCCCCGAGGAAGUCGCCUUCUGGGCGCAGCAGCAGCACCAGCACCACCAGCAACAGCAACAGCGGCGGCGGCGGCGGCGGGGAGCAGCAAGGAACGCGGGCGAGGACGGGGCUGGGGACUCAUCUGACUCGUCGUCUGACUCGUCGUCUGAUUCAUCGUCUGAUUCGUCCUCCUCGGAGCACCCUCGAACGACCAGCCGCGGCCACGCCGUCAGCGGCAGCAGCGCCCGCACAAGCAACAGCAGUGGCAGCGGCAGUGGCAGCGGUGACAGCAGCAGCGAUAGCGGCAGCAGCAGUGACAGCAGCAGCAGCGACCGCAGCAGGGGAAGGAAGCGCAGUGGCCGCCAGCGACCAGCGGCUGGCCGGAACAAGGUGGCAAAAGCACCCGGCGCACGUGCAGAGGUGCCGAUGAACAUGGGCUUGCCCAGCGGAGGGAUGGCGUGGCCGCUGCCCGGCGCACCAAUGCACGUGGACACGAGCGCCCUGCAGACGGUGGAGGGCAUGGUGUCGCCGUCGUUUCCGUCAGCGCCAUUCCUCUCGCCCUUUCCCAUGCCAUUCCCCGUCCCUGGUAGCGGAGACGGCGACCGUGGCGCACACGGCAGCCCUGCCAACGGCACGACAGCAACAACAACAGCAGCAGCGUCAUCGUCAUCACAGCAGCAACAACAACAACAGCAACAACAACAACGCGGCCCCGCAGCACCACAGUACCCGAGCGUGGUGUACACGGAUAUGCGCAGCAAUGGCCCGCCGUCGUCCACACACCCGAUGCCGAGCGUGUACGUGCCCGUGUUCCACCAGCCAGUGCCGCCACUGGGCACGCCGCCCAUGCACUCACCGCAGCCAGGCAGGCGACAGCAGAACAAGAACCAGGAGUCCCAAGCACAGCAGCAGCAGCAGCAGCCUGCGGGCGUGUAUGCGGCGAGCGUGUACGCGCCGCACACGGCAGGUGUUCCGGUGGGGCGGCAGUUCAUCAUGAUGCCGACUUCGCAUGUGGAGGGAGGCACUGCCACGGGCGCAUCAACCUCCAUAGCGCCAACGCGUGCGACGGGCAGUGCCAACGGGGCGCCAUCCACAGCCGCACAGAGGCGGUCAACAGCGGCGCAGUCAUCAUCAUCGUCGACAGCGUCGCCGGCAGCUUCCCGUAAGGGGCGGGGCGGCCGCGGACGUGGCCGAGGUGGCGCUGCAUCUGGCACUGGGUCUGGUGUUGGCACUGGUCGCCCUCGGAAGAAGGGCGAGAACCAGUUCCGCUGCACGUACAACGGCUGCGACAAGGUGUACUCCAAGUCGUCGCACCUCAAAGCGCACAUGCGGCGGCACACGGGCGAGAAGCCGUUUGUGUGCACAUGGAAAGGGUGCACGUGGCGGUUUUCGCGGUCAGACGAGCUUGCGCGCCACAUGCGCUCGCACACGGGGGAGAAGCCGUUUGCGUGCGAGGAGUGCGGCAAGCGGUUCUCCCGCUCUGACCAUCUCAAGAAGCACCAGCGCAUUCACCUUCGCGGCAAGGGCACCUCGUAGCCAGCGUGUCUGUGAUUGUGUGUGUGUCUGUGUGUGUGUGUGUGUGUGUGUGUGUGUGUAUGUAUGUAUG